AUGCCUGUAGUUGAAUACAUCGAACUGGGAAGUGGAAGAGCAGAGCCUGUAGGGCUCCUCGCUGGUGGCGAAGCCUCAUGUGCUGAGUACAGGCCGGAGAGCGGCAAGGCGGAGGGCGCGGAGCAGCGGGCUGGCGGCAGACAAAAGAAGGGGCUGAAAGGCAUCUUCAGCAGCAUGCGGUGGCAUAAAAAGGACAAAAAUGGCAAGGAGGAGCGGGGGGAAACCUCGGAGAUCCAGCCCGGUCUUAUUAUGCCGGGGUCUUUGACUGCCAGCCUGGAGUGCAUCAAAGAGGAGACGCCAAAACCUUUGUCUGAAACUCCGACCGGCGGAGAGGUUGGGACUGCGAAGGAUGCGGCCAUAACAGGUGACAUUCCAAUAACGACUAUCCCCCCUGUUGAACCUCACUGUGAUAGCGGUCAAGAGACGGCAGCCGCCCCUGACCCUUCCUCUGUUGAUCCACCCUCAGAGCAAUCGAUUGAUCGUAUUUGUUUGAUGUUUGCUGACGUGACUUCACUGAAAAGCUUUGACUCUCUUACAGGCUGCGGAGAUAUUAUUGCGGACCAUGAGGAGGAUGGGGGCGGCGGGAGUGGCGGCUGCGAGAAGAGCACCCCCGGGGCCGGCAAGCUGGGUGCCUCCAAGAAGCACCCCACCAUGCUGGCCUACCAGGGAGGAGGGGAGGAGAUGGCCAGCCCGGACCAGGUGGACGACACCUACCUGCAGGAGUUCUGGGAUAUGCUGUCGCAGACAGAGGAGGCCCAGACAGAAGGAGGGGGAGGUGGAGGAGGGACAAAGAAGCUCGAGGGGCUGAAGGAGAACCGAGGUACCGAGGGGGCCCAGAACAAGGUGGCGGUGAAACGUGGUGGCCUCCACCAGAUCCCCAUUCACCUCAACCACAAAGAGGAGCAGAAGGGCAGGGAGAAGGAGCAGCACGAAGGGGUCCCAAACAGCGACGAGGGCUACUGGGAUUCCACCACCCCCGGUCCUGAGGAAGAGGGUUCCGCGAGCAUCCAGAAGGAGACCAUUCCCAGGGACAGCUACAGCGGGGAUGCCCUCUAUGACCUCUAUGCCGAGCCAGAUGAGCCCCCACCAGCCGGGCCUACGGAGGAAGAGGUCACCUGCAUGCCACGUUCCAAGCCCGUGUCGCCAAUAACGACCACGUGCUCACUGAAAACACCCUCAAGCACAGUGAAGGACUCCAAGAUACCCAUCAGCAUUAAACACCUUUCGUCGCAUCCUGCCAGCCACGGAGCAGACACCAGUAACAGCCAUCACGUCGCACACCAUCACCUGGCCAAAAGCGAGAUGCACAGAACAAAAAUCCCCGUCUCUAAAGUGCUGGUACGCCGGAUCAGUAACAGGGGCUUAGCAGGGACAACGGUGAAAGCUACCAUGUACCAGGACAGUGCCAAAAAGUAG